AUGUUCCUGGUGGUGUUCUCAGUGGCUUCUGCCCAGAUCUCAAACCCAAGUAUUUUCAAGCUACAGGAGAACCAAAAGCCUGCACUUACUGCAGAGACAAAAAAUGAAGCUAAUCCUGGAGGAGAAAAAGAAUCUAACAAACAGGGAGGUAGUCUCACACAAGGAAAACCAGGGAUGUUAAUUCUGCAAAGACAACCAGGAUAUUCCAAUCAGGCAGGGAAACCAGUAAACAGCCAUCAGCAAGGGAAGUCAGAAAUGUUGAACCAGCCUGGGAUGCCCAGUGCUUUGAUUUUGCAAAGGAACCUAGGGGGAUCUAAUCAAAAAGGGAAGCAAGAAGAAUCAGAAUUGUCUAGUCAACAAGGGAAGCCAGGGUCUCCUAGCCAAAAAGGGAAGCCAUCAUUGCCUAAAGACAAGCCAGACUCUGUUAGCCAAAAGGGGAAACCAACAUCACUUAGCAAUAAAGGCAAGCCUGGGUCUUCUGACCAAGGGAAUUUAGAAUCCUCUAGCCAGCAAGGGAAACCAGGACCCUCUAGCCAACAAGGAAAACCAGGAUCCUCUAGCCAACAAGGGAAACCAGGAUCCCCUGGCCAACAAGGGAAACCAGGAUCCUCUGGCCAACAAGGGAAACCAGGAUCCUCUAGCCAGCAAGGGAAACCAGGAUCCUCUAGUCAACAAGGGAAACCAGAACAUUCUAACCAACAAAGGAAACCAAGGUCUUUGUAUAAACAAGAAGAAAGAAAAAAUGCUGGAAGCAUGAACAGCAAGGGCCUAACUGGAAAUAAAAAGUAUGACCCCAUUCACAAACCAGUUGGUCAUUCUGAUGGAAAACAGGUGGAAACCCCUUUGUCUUUAAGGAAGCAAAGAGGAUGA